AUGAUAUUAAACGAUGGAGAGGUGAAGGGAGGAAUUCAUGUGAGCCUGAGAGCCAGAUUGCUGGACAGAUUCAGCAGGCCGUGUACCUCGGUGUUUUUGUUAGUAUCGAGACCUUCCCCGAGCCCGACGGCAGUGACAAUUUACCCGACAUCAAUCGUCGACGGCAAGCUCGAGAACUGCGCCUCCAAAGUCGCCCAGAUUCGCCUCUCGCGGCGCGCUGAGUUAGUAUCGCCGGUGCGUCAGCCGGCUCUGCUCCACAGCAGGGCAUGCCUGACUGGCUCCUGCUAG